AUCGUGCCCUCCCUGGUCCUGUCAUGGCUGCGCUCACGGUGAAAGUGAUAGACAUGUGAACACAACAUUCUAAGAUUUAACCAGUGACCCUGUCAGGUGCAUUUGAGGAAACUAAGAUCCAAAACAAGCCACACCAUGUCUGAAGCUUUGACGAAUCCCUCUGUCAGGAAAACAUGAAUGUGUAUAAAUCAGGCUUGGGAAUGCUCAGAUUUGCCCUGAGAUCCACAUCUCUGUGGAAAUGUGACUCUUUUAUACAGACACAGGCAUCUUCAUGCUAUAAAGUCACUAGGAUUGCUGCAUCACCUCAAUUGGGGAGAAAAAACACACACUCGUUAAAACAAAUCCGGUUUUACAGUCAACACAGUAGUCAAGAUGCUGUUGAUCUUCAGGUUAAACAAACCACAGAUGCAUUUGAAGUUUCAGAUAAAGUGGACAGCAGUCCUUUUAGUGCUCAUUUACAGAAAUGUUCUUGCCCCACGGAUGUGCUGGAUGCAGUAAAGCACUUUCCAGCUUCACAGAAUGACCUGAGCAGCAUCUUCACACGCAUGCGGGAGAGCACCAAGAAGAUGACGGCGGAGCAGCAGCGCUGUGAGCUCCAGCUGAUGUUUGAACACCCUGGCUUUAGGGAGGUCUGUGAGCGGGUGAUCACCGAUGCCUGGAGGAUGAGGUGUGAUGAUCUGGCUUACACUCUGCUGGCCAUCAUCAACCUGGGAGUUUCGCAACACACACGAAUUGUGCAGACGCUGCUGAGAGUUAUACAGGAGCGUCUAAAUCAGUUUGAUAUUCGAUCUCUUUCGGUUUUGGCUGCUGGCAUUCAGCAGAUGGAGAAUGGCAAUAACGUUCAGGCCCUGAGAGAAGCUUUAGGGUUGCUGCUGAAGGAUCGCGUUUCUGAGAUCAGUAAUGUGGUGGUCCUGCAGAACAUGAUGCGUGCGGUGGGAAAACACUCUCCCAAAGACCUGAAGAUGCAGCUGGCGAUAAAGACUCUGUCAUUGGCAGAUGAGUUCAGUCCACCAAACACCCAGUAUGUGUUCUCCAGCCUGGCUGCCAUGGACUUAAACUUCAAACCUCUUCUGAAGGUCUGCAGCAAGAACAUUGCAGAAAACGUUCAUGAGUUUCCCAUUAGUCGGCUUGUGAUGGUGUUGAAGUCCUGCUAUGAGCUUCAGUACAGGAACUACAGCCUCUUCAGCUCCAUCUCUGAAUACAUGACCAACACCUUUGAUAUGUGGUCCAACAAAAAGGUGAUUCUCUUGCUGUUAACCUUUGAGGAUCUCCACUUCAGACCUGUGCACCUGUUGGAUGCGUUUGCCGAGAGAAUCAUCCAGAAACCUGACAGUCUGAGCCUGAAAGACCUUCUCAGUGUGUUAAAAGUGUUUUCAAUGCUCAAUCACGACCUGAAAGAGAGGAAAACAGAGUUUCUGGACCGUAUAACAAAGGUCUUGGAGUUGUACCUUCCCCAGAUGUCUCCCAGGGAGCUGCUGAAAGUGAAUUAUUAUCUGGCGUUGAUGGAGCACUUUCAUCAAACACUACUGGAUAAACUGAUGCAGCAGGAAACCCUGGAGCAGCUCCUGCAGAAAGACAAGCCAUCUAAUAAGGUUCUGAGAUGGCUGCACACGAUAGAUCUGUGUUUGCAACUGGAUAAACCACAGCUGCUGUCUUCCACGAGCUCCAAACCUCAGCUGAACAUCACAGUUCCUGCUUUUGAAGCCACAGCCAACCAGGAGAUGCUCAGCGCGGUGAGGAGCAUUGUGGGAACGCAUGCUGUUCAGGACGGUGUGCUGGAGCAGAGCAUCUAUUUCAUUGACUGUGUGAUUACGCUGCCUGGAAAAAAAGAAGAAACCUGUGGCCUUCAUGAGGAUUGCGGUUCACCUGAAUGUAACCAAAGAAUUGCAGUGAUCUGUACUCAACCUAAUUCCUUUUGCUUCGGUACAACACAUCCUCGAGCCAGCUUGGUUAUGAAACUUCGCCAUCUUGCAAAACUUGGUUAUCAACCUGUUUUGGUUCCCAUCAAUGAGCUGAACUCUAAAACUGAGGAGGAGAAGAUCAAGAUGCUACGGACGCUCAUUUUUCCAGCACACGAGUCUCCUGAAUCGCACAAAAUAUUAAACAACAGCCAAAAAACAGAGGACAUUUCAUAAUCUUUCUAAUAUGGAUGCAUUGUAUAAUAU